AUUAUGUCAAAUGGAGAUUUACAUCAUUUUUUACGCAAAAAUUUUGAAAAGAAAGUUACGUGGAAAAGAAAGAUUGAUUUAUUUUGGGAUAUUAAUUUAGGAUUUAGUCAACGAGUAACUAAUAAUUCAGAAAAUUCAAAGCAACCUCAAAUGUAUGGAGUGAUUCCAAAUAUGGCACCAGAAUUUUUAAGGGCGAGCCGACACGAACAUCCAGAGUCAGACCAGACAUUUAGUAGAAUAUUAGACUCUAUAUCAAAAAUUCCUAUCUUGAAUUAUCAGAUCAGUUCUAGUUUUGAUAUUAUGGAUAACAAUACCCCGGGUCUUUUACAAAUUUUGCCUUAUACAUUACAUCGAAAGAAACAGGAUUAUUUUGAACAAUUAAAUUAUUUAACCCGUACAGUUAAGCUUAACAUUGAUCAUUUGUAA